AUGCAACCUUUUGUUGCCAUGUUGUUCUUCUACAGUGUUGUCGCAGCUUUACUGGCAGUGGGGUCCAGCCUGCCAACGUUCGGACACACAUGCCCAACCACACAAGUUCCUCCAACCAACGUCAGGGGAGUUAACCGACUGAAUCGGAGCUCCAACACACCGUUGUAUCGACUAGAGAUUGUCUCCCAUUUCAAGCAGAACCAUAGUACAUCGGAGUCCUUAACAUACAACGUGCAAAUCUUUGCCAAGAACGAUGCCUUUUUCUUCAGCGACGCGAAAAUCUCAUUGGCUUCAAAAAGUCCCUGCGAAGCAGGAUCACUAACCUUUGACCCACACGACUUCUUUGAUGCCAAACAGAGCGAGCCAACAUGUCCGCGGCUACUCUUGACCAACCGGAAGUUGCCGAUGGGAGAUUUACCUUCUCUGUCAUGGAAACCGCCAGCGUGUGGUUGUGUACAGUUCAGAGCCGUAGUAAUCUCUGUGCACAACGUGUACUAUGCUGACAAUGAGGACGUGCAGAAUGGACCUUUGACCCAGACAGUCUGCGUGCACCAGAAGGCCACUCGAGAGCUUUAUUUCAACACCUUAUGCCAGGUCACAGAAAAACACUCGGCGGCAGAAAUUCUUUCACAGCCCUCGUUUCUCCAUCGGCACCAGCUCGAGGCCAGGUGGAUGGAUAAACAUGGAUUGGAAAUGGGGUUGGAGCUCCGGAGAUCGGACAAUAAACUGUGCUGCAGUAAGGUUUCACUGGAAAGCAAGCUGGCCUGUUUCGAUGACUCCAGACGCAGAAGAGUGGAUCGAUUCUGCGAAGAUGGCUACCCGGAUGUCCCGUUCACCUCCUUUAGAGUGACCCACAUGAGGGAUCGCGAGAAGCGAUGCUGUUUUCUGCUUGGUGAGCUCAGAUACAGGUGUUUUGCUGAGAACAGCGAGCUAGCUCGAGGACCUGCAGUCACCAUGCUGGAUUUCUCCCAGGACGAAACUGACCCCGUCAAUGACCUCGCUGAAUUUGCAUUUCCUCACGACGCAGACGUGAUAAAAAUCAUAGGAACAGUGACUUUCGGAGAAAACAGAGGUAUAACUCAUGAAGAGGGCAAUAACGACAACGAAGAUAACGACGAGAAAGAAGAAGACGACGAUGACACUGCUGACCAAAACAAAGCGGUGAAAUCAAGUAAAAAGGUGCCGGCAGUGACCGAUGAAAAUGAACACCUGGUGGAAGUGAUCAGGGAAUUCUCGCCAUCAAGUGCCAAAGCUAGCCCACAAAUGCACCUCCAGAGUCCGGUCGAAGGUACCCGAUCUCAUCCCAAGAUAGCCAGUGACCACAGUCCCAAGCUGACCAGCGCUGAAAGAAGAAAGACGCGUAGAAAUAACGGAGAACCAGAGAACUGGGUCAGUGCUGAACGCGUGGGCAGCAGAAGAGCAUCCAGUAGAGAGUACACAGCUGAUGGUCGGCGAGUGAGUGGAGCUGAAGGCAGACGAGCGAGUAACGAGAGGGCAGGUCGGAAGCGGACAAGUGAAGAGCAGUACAAACCUGCUACUGGAAGUAACUCCUGGGGCGUACCUGGGUAUGAGGAUACUUACUCCCGAGGGACAGGUUUGUCUCGGGAAAGACAAGCCUUGUCCAGUGCCGAGAGGAGGUCGAGGGCAAAGGGAAGCGCCCAAAGACGACAUGACUGGGCCGAAGUCAGUGAGCCUGAUUUCGAGGAUCAGGGAGGAAAGUCAGUGGCUGUUACCUUGGACAAACUCCAAAAGAAAAUGGAUCGACUACUAAUGAGGCGGCAGUGCUGUGAGGCAGGAGCCGUAGCUGGCCGUCCAGUCUAUGGGUGGUUCUCGCCUGUCCGCAGGGAGUGUGAGCACAGCGGUCAGAAGCACAUUCAGGCCAUGGAUGUGACCUCAGGCUUGAGGUCUUGUCUUGACCAGUUUGUCAAAUGCUGCAUUGAGCUGGCUGUCAGUGGUCCAGUUGUUACAAGUAGCGAGUUCCGGGAAAACCAGUUCCUUUUUGCCAACAACCAGAAGAAACUGGGCCCAGUUGGGGGCCUAUCUGGGCUGGAUCGCCGAGGAGACGAGUGGGGUCAGACGCCUGCGAGACGACAUCCAGAGGAGAUCGCUCGAGAUGUUCCCGGUCGCGAAAGUUUGGAAGCGUAUGAACUCGAAAGCGAGAAAAGGUUCUCAAGUAUGCGAAAGAUUGAAGCUGCCCCUAAAGAUGACAUUGAGGAUGAAGAAAAAGACGGCCCUAAAAGAUUUGAUGAAGUUGAUAAUGAUGACGAAGAUAAAUAUUUUGAUAUUUUUGACAGGAAGGACGAAACGGUAAACAAAACAGCCGGAAAAGCCGAGGGAGAUGCGGAGGUUGUGCAUGCUGUUGAUGCUAAGUCUGCUGUUACAGAAAAUAUUGACAAAAGCGGAGAAACUACUAAACUGAGCGCACAAAGUGAUGACAAGAAGCAGAAGCAAGAUGGUGAAAGCAAUGAGGACGCAAACAAAGAAAAACAUAAAAAUCCUGUUGCCAAAGAUAGCAGCAAUGAGAAACAAGAUGGCGGUUCAAGCAAUCAGUCUGCACGACUGAGUUCAAAGAAUACUGACAAUAAACAGAACCAAGAUGAUGAAAGCAAUGAAGAAGAAAAGAAAGUAGGUCACAAAGAUACAGCUCCUAAGGAAAACAAAGUGUCUGAUCUUGUUGAUCGCACGGAGAAAGAGGAUGGCGAUUCAGGUAGUCAGUCUACUGAAUUGAAAAAUACAGUUGGUCAUAAGCAGAAGCAAAUUGACGAAAGCAAUGAAGAAGCAAACAAAGGACAGAAUAAACAUGCCGUUACCAAAGGCAACAAUGAUCGCGAGUCUGGUCUGGUUGAAAGCACAGAGAAACAAGAUGGCGAUUCAGGUAGUCAGUCUACUGAAUUGAAAAAUACAGUUGGUCAUAAACAGAAGCAAAUUGACGAAAGCAACGAAGAAGCAAACAAAGGCCAGAAUAAACAUGCCAUUACCAAAGGCAACAAUGAUCGCGAGUCUGGUCUGGUUGAAAGCACAGAGAAACAAGAUGGCGAUUCAGGUAGUCAGUCUACAAAACUGAGAAAAAUUAAUGGUAAGAAGCACAAACAAGAUGACAAAAGCGACGAAGAAGCAAACAGAGGAAACCUUAGAGAUAAAGCUACCAAAGACAACCUUGAUCGUGUGUCCGAUCCAGCUGACAGUAUGGGGAAACUAGAUGGCUAUUCCAGCAGGCAACAUGAAGCGUCUUUACUCGCCAAAACAUCGGGCGGACGGUCAAGGCAAACAAGAAACAACCGAGCUGGUGGUCAGUCAAAAGCUGGGAGGACCAGCUCUAGAGAGGUUAGACAUUCCACAAGCAGAGGCACAUCACGAGAACGGCAACAAUAUUCUCAUACCUUCUACACCAACAGAGGUUCCUACAGACUGGCGCCAUCGGGCAAGAUCGGCACGGAAGACUCGCGGGAGAUGGCAGCUGCACAUGUCAGGAAGUUUAUGGGAGCUCUCGAUUCAAAGGAAAUGGUGGAUGCUUACAGAAAGACAAAUUUGGAGUCCACGGAUGUAAUAAAUGACGGCCCCAGCCAACGAUCUACCAGGAGAAAGAAGUACAAAAGACAAAGAUGGUACUACAGACGCUGA